GGAAUGUGCAGGGCACAGACAGACAUGGCUGGAGCAGAGGGAGCUGUGGAUGGCCAGGCAAUGGGGCUAGGGGCUCUCCUCCUCCUCCCCCUCCUCUUCCCUGCAGCUGGUGGCUUCCAACUGCAGGUGCGCACGGCACCCUCUUACCAGGCUGUGCUGGGUGCUGGGGCCCGACUGCAAUGCCUCUUCGAUGUCAGGGAGCCGGUGGCCCUGAGCGCCCUGCGUGUGACCUGGUACCUCUGGGAUGAGAGGAUUGCACACUAUGCAGAAGGCAAGGGCCACGCUCAGCCUGGAGCCAGCCUGGAAGAGACAGCGCUGGAGACUGGAAACGCCACCCUGGUGCUGGCCAGGGUGACACUGGCUGACGAGGGGCUGUACAAGUGUGUCGUGGGCUAUGGGGUGCAGCAGCAGGAAGCCCAGUCUACCCUCCAUGUGCACGGUGAGGACCAGCGAGGGACUCCCAUAUCCCUGGGGGGGCCCUGA